AGCCCCUGUCACGUUUGGCCUUUCAUGCCACGCCAUCAAGAUGUGGCCAGCUGUAAUUUCGUGGCCGACUAAUACCUGCUGCGACGGCACUUGGAAAACUAGUCUACCAAGUUAAUGCCGCUGGUUGAAUCAGGUGGGCAAACAGUCAUGGCCCCGCCAGCAGCGCUGAGGGGAGAACCAUGGCCGGCCCUCGCCUCCCUCGAGGGGAGCCGAGCGGGCGGGGACGGCAGGGACGACGGCGGGCGGCUGCCCGGAGGAGGAGGAAGGGGAGCAGCCGGGCGAAAGCUGAGGCAACAGGCGGGAGGAAGAGCAAUGGAGAGGCGAGCGCGGGCCGCCGCGGAAGCCGCGGCGGAGGGGAACGAAGGCAGGGGCGGGAAGCGGCCGCGGCCGGGGCGGAGGGAGGGAGGAGCGGGCGGCCGGGCGCCGCCAAUCCGGCGGGCUCGUCCAUUUUUCGGUGUGAGUCAGGCACGUCGGUGGGGUGAUGCUGCGGCGCUGGGAAGGCGGCGGCAGCAGCAGCCGGGAGCGCCCCGCCCGCUCGGGCCCGUUCCCUCCGCCGUGCCGGCGCCGCCGCUGAGGGGAGCGCUGCUUCCUCCUUCCCCUACCCGGCCAAGGCCGGCCCCGUGGCUGGGGGCGCCGGGCCUGCCUCCUCCCGGCCACGCCGCGCUCCCCUCACGGAGCCGACGGAAGGAGCGGGCCCGCGGCCGCCCGGCGGGAAGGCUGCGGCGUCUUACGGCUCCUGUCCGGGCAUCGAAAGGAAAAGCCGAAAAUCAGCCUUGCCCCAAGCCGAGCUGCUUGCUUCUCCUGAAGCUUGGGAAGAAAGGGGACUACAGAGGGGCCGCCCUUGCGUUUCAUGUUUCGUCAGCCCGACAGCAUUUUGGCUUGGAUUCCAUCUUGCUCCUACCUGUUCCUGGACAGUGACGGGGGGGAGAAGAGGCAGCAUCCCAGCAUGUCUCGUUACAGCCUCCAUAACCUCCUGGACUGGAUGUACGGGGGUGUGGACCCCAGCUUUGCUGGCAAUGGAGGGCCGGAAUGCGCGGCCUUUCUCUCUGGGCAGCAGCGCCUUCUGGAGAGUUUGGUCUUCCUCAGCGUGGGCGUCGUGGAGAUCCUUCUGUCCCUGUGGAAGCUCAGGCAGCUGCAUUUGAGGGAGCUGGAGGGUCACCUGCUGCAGCAGCCCCAGACUAAGCAGGAGAGCUUGGGCAAGAACGUGCUGCUGGUGGUGCUCUGCCUCAUCUUUGGGCUGGAGGUGGGCUUCAAGUUUGCCACCAGGACUGUCAUUUACCUCCUGAACCCCUGCCAUGUGGUCACUAUGAUGCAGAUUUUUCUUCUUGCCUGCCCUCCAUGUCGGAUUGCAAUGAUUCUCUUCAGGCUGCAGAUGCAUAUGCUGAAUGGGGCCCUCUUGGCACUGCUGUUUCCUGUUGUUAACACACGCCUGCUUCCAUUUGAAAUGGAAAUUUAUUACAUCCAGCAUGUGAUGCUUUAUGUUGUGCCCAUCUAUCUGCUGCGGAAAGGAGGUAUCUACACUCCAGAACCCCUCUGCAAUUUCUGGUGGGCGCUUUUAUCCACGGGGUUUAUGUUUGUGUAUCAUUUUAGCAUCUUGCAGAUUUUGGGAUUGGUUACAGAAGUGAAUUUGAACAACAUGUUGUGCCCUGCCGUCUCAGAUCCCUUUUAUGGGCGCUGGUAUCGAAUCUGGGCAUCGGGACAUCAGACUGUCAUGACCAUGACCCAUGGGAAGCUCGUAAUCCUACUGUUUUACAGUGCUGUCCCCAUCUUUAAAUGUAGCAUGGACUUGCUUAGACUCCCGUCUAAGAAAAUAGACUGAAAUUUCUCCCCGUGGAGUAGUACGUACAGGAAGCAGAGAUACUUAUACUGGAAAACAAAGAGGAGGGACGAGAGGACAAUGUGUUUUAUACUUCUCCCCAGUUUAUUGCCUCAAAAACACCUCUAUAAUCAAGUGAGGUUUUUUUUAACUGCUGUUUCUCACUGCCUAUUGCCAAUGGCAAAAUUAGUGGCCUUAUUCUGGGAAAGGUUCGUAUUUUAUACAUUUUUUUGUGUAAUUACAGUAGAAUCCUGCUAAGCCACUGUUUAACAUUAGGCCAGGAUCUGUCCACAUUCCAGCAGAGAGAGUGGCAGUGCUACCUCGUUUUGACUUAUUUUCCGUUAAAUAUAAGUCACUUAUGUCAUAGGGUAGGAAAUAAACCUGAAUUACAACACUCCACUGAUGUGAGCAGAACACAUCUUGAAGUGCAUUGUCCUGGCUUAACUCUGAGCACUUGAAUGUUGCAAAACAGUCACAGUGAAACGAUGUACACUUAAUCUCCCAGUCCUAAGUGCAAAACAAGGAGCUUCUACUGUAUUUUCUUUAAGCUGGUUGAAAAUGUUGGGGAACAAGAACUCAUUCAAAAAGAUUUUCUUUUUUUUUUUUUUUUUUAAAUUAACUACUUAGUUUCUAUGCUGCUGUGGAUUAAUAUCUCUCUGGCUGUGUCCCAUCAGAUCUUGGUGCUUCGGAGAUGCUUUUAUUUGAGUGAGCGGAAAAAGACCAUGUUGAAAUAAUUUCGAAAGCCCGUGUUAUGUACAAGCUCUGAUAUUUCAUCCGCUGUUCUGACCUGACUUUGAACAGAAGGUUUUUUUCGCUUAGCUUAGACUGGAGAGGGAGUGGAGAUACAGUCCAGUGUAAACAUCAGCGUUUUCUUUUUUCACUUACUAGUUUUUGAAACAUUCCUCCUCUGUGUUCUACGCUGAUCCUCACUCAGCAGAGCGGUUAGUGGAGAAACAAAAUGGAACUGUUCUCUCUCUACAGCUCUCAUACAUAUUCUGUGCACUGAUUUUACAAUGCAGGUAUAAAAAGGCACGUCAAAUCAGCGCAGGCCUCUGCUGAACAGAAAGUGUUCCAGUUUACUAGUAUGACUAAAUCUUCCUGUCAACACGUCUUUUGGGGAACGGGAUGUAGACGGGCAGAAUGAUAAACAGUAAACUGUGUGUACCUGUGAAAAUUUUCGAGGCUAGAGGAGAAACUGUUGGGCAGAAAGACGGGAAAUCUUGAGUGCGUUCCUCCAGACAGUUAAUUGUGAGUCUGUUAUGCAGACUGUUUUGUUUCAGGGCUGAAGGAAUUUUGUUGUACAAAAGUUUGUUGCAAUUUAUAGAUUCAUUGCAUUGUCAAAGCUGUGACUUGUAAGAUUAAACAAAACAUCAUACCUCCUCCAGCUGGAUCACCUGAAGAUAUAUUCUGAAGUUAAGGUACAGUCACUAUACCUCAAGAAGGAAAAGUAAGAAUGCAAGUGGUUGAUUUUUUUUUUUUUUUUUUGUUUUCCCCUUAAAAAUUUUCAUUGGAGAGGGAGCAAAUGGCUACUUCAAAUAUUUUCACUCCAUAUGAUUAAAAAAAAAAAGUACCCCUCUGUCAGAAAUAUGUUGUCCCACAUUCUAAUUUACAAAGUGGUUUCUGGCUUGCUUCCAUGCCUUGCUCUGUGUGUGUGUGUGUAUAUAUAUAAUAUACUGUACUCUCCCAGCUUGACAACAUGCGACAUAGACCUAAACUAUUUGUCGAACAUGUAUAGCUAGUCUUAGUUAUACGGGCUGUAGGGCUCCUUGUGGUUUGAAUCAGAAUUCACCUGGAGCAAGCGAAGCACCUGCUGAUCAGAUCGCCCAGCCCGUAGAGUCACUGUCAGCUGUUGAUCCUGCAAAUGUCUCCGUCCGUCGUGGAUCUCAUCGAGGGGUCUCGCUGCCGCCUCAGUAAAGCCGGGCAGAUGGUGUUUAAGUGUUUGCGGAGUGGGGCCUGAGGAGAGAACGUACCGAUGGCCUGAAUCCAUCUGCGGACACCACUUCCUUACCUGCUGAAGGGAUACGACUUCUUGCUGUUUAUUUCAGCAGAUUCAGUAUUGUGUUAUAAAAUACAGCAUGUUGCUGGGAGACGCUAAGAUGUGCGGUGCUGGAGGUUAAAGCAUAACCCCUAGUAACAUACUUCAUCUCCUGUGAAGAGCUGAAUGAGAUAUACAGCGAUUCUUCCCUCCCCCUACUUAGUGCCAAGUGUAUCAUGGUUCAUCUAUUUACUUAAGAAUUUGGCCAAAUGCCUUACGUUGGAGUCAAUCCUGUUUAGAAGGAAUGUUUGGUAUUAUGAUAGAGUGAUUUUAGCCAAAUUUUGCAAAUGUUUUCUCGCAUUAUUAUUUGCUUAACUUUACAUAUUUUAUUUUUUUGAAGAAUCUUUCCUGUUUCUUUAUUUUUUCCAUCAGAAUAUUGUAGUUACUGGAAAAAAUUUCUGAGUUAUGUGAAAGUAGCAAUGUGAAAGUAGCAGCUUUUCUUUUUUUUUUUUUUUUUUAAAUACUAUAACAUUUCCUAUCUAUAGUCAUAUGCUUCAGGGUAUUCUAAACAAGUAUAAACCAGCUGCUGUUUGCCACCACUGCCUGCCUCUGCUCCAUGCAGACAGCAGUGCUUACAUCAGCUCAGGUGUCUGGCUCAGGGCAGGUGCUUUGCUUGGAAUGCAAAAUUUGUGAGCUUCCGACUGACUUAAAAUUCAGUAGAAGGAAUGGUGCUGGUAAUACAGCUAACACACCAGGGACGUCCCUGGGGCAAUCUGGAUGAAAGGAUUCUUGGUGGUGUUGUACCACUUGCACCAUUGACUCCGACAGCAGAGCCACUGGGAUUGCUCCUGCCUCCCCUUCCACCCCCUGCCACGGGCGUCUGUUCCUGUCACUGGGCUGUGACUCACGCUUUUCUCUUACGCUGGUCCAGCUCUUUUGAGGCACACUAUAAAAUUCUAAUUUCCCAACAUGCAUUAUGCUGACAGAACUGCUCAUCAGUGCCAAUGGGACACUCGGAUUCCCCUUCCAAACCUUACCAGUGCAGGUGCUGGAGCUUGUUGAACUCGUUUAUACCAAUUAAAGUUGCUAAAACGGAUAAAGGAACAUGGUAAUUCAGCAAAAGCUGGAGAAGUAAACCAGCUGCUACACUCAAUAAGGAUUUUAGAAAUGUUGGAGCUGCCCUAAGAGUCAAAUGGUGCAACUGGAGUCAGGUGGGAGGGAAGGCUGUGAAGCCUUCGCUGCUUUUUGAAGGUAAGCUGUUGCUGCUUUGCUUGUUGUACAAUAUUGAUGAAGCUGGCUGUGUUAAAAUAGAAUUAUUUAGGUUGGGAAAGACCCUUCAGAUCAUCGAGCCCGUUAACCUAACACUGCCAAGCUACCACUAAACCAUGUCUGUAAGUGCCACACCUACACAUCUUUUAAAUACCUCCAGGGAUGGUGAUUCCACAACUUCCCUGGGCAGCCUGUUCCAAUAAUUGGUGACCCUUUCAGUGAAGAAAUUCUUCCUAAUAUCCAAUCUAAUCCUCCCCUGGUGCAACUUGAGGCUGUUUCCUCUUGUCCUAUCACUUGUUACUUGGGAGAAGAGACCAACCCCCACCUGGCUACAGCCUCCUCUCAGGGAGUUGUAGAGAGCGAGGUCUCCCCUCAGCCUCCUUCUCUCCAGGCUGAACACCCCCAGCUCCCUCAGCUGCUCACAAGACUCCUGCUCCAGACCCCUCACCUGCUCCGUCACCCUUCUCUGGACCCACUCCAGCACCUCGAUGUUUUUCUUGUCGUGAGAGGCCCAGAAGUUAAAUUACUCUGUACCUCCCCUCACCCCUUUUUGAAGGCUUUUUAAACUUAGUAUUUAAUUUUGGUUUAUGUUGUGGUGCCGCAAGACCCUGUAUCAGCAUAGCUGAGCCACAAGCUUCACGGAAGGUAAAGAACAGGUCAGAAUGGGAGCAGAAAGGGAAUGAACUUCCGAAGCUAAUGUCAUGGAACUUCACAUCCGUUGUUCCUCAGCUGCCCCCGGUAUCUGUUUGGAAUAUGCAUCAGACAGAGCUUGUUCAGGAUAGUGGUUUGAAGGGGAAGGCAGAAUACUUAAUCUCCACAGGGGUUAGUUAUUCUUUUCCCUGACAGCGGCUGAUUUUCUUUUCCCUGAAUGGUUUAUUAGGCUGUUAUGCUAUACGGAUGAUUUCCUUAGUUGCUUUUAUGCUUAUUUAUGCUGAAAAUUUAAGAGCAAAACUAUACUGCUAUUCUUGAAUGCUAAUUGGCGUUCUCUGCUGUGGCAUUAUGCAUGCAAUCUAUGUCAAGAUAACUUGAAGCUGUUGCCCAGUAGCUGGUGGUGAGAUUUUACAAUUGAAAGGGCAGUUCUGGUCCUCCUUGGUCAAAUGUUCCGCAGGCUUUUGUGGCAGUACUAGCAGUCAGGGAACCAUUGGCAAUGGCUACGGGACAGAGCAGGAGGGGGACCGGAGCGCCAGGGAGACUGUUCCUUUCCGCAGUAGCUGAAGGUGACUGUAAGGUCUCACCCUGAAGUGGACUCCUUUGCUGUGCAGGAGCAAGUCGGGCACAAUACCAGGAAAAACUCUUGCACAGCGCCCAUGCCUGGACUUCGGAGAGAGGUUGGGGUGUAUUAAGGUGUCUGAACAGAGCCCGCUACUCACCUUAUUUUCACUACCGUAGACACUACAAACAAAAGAAACAAGGAGCAGUGACAGUGAUUGCUCUUUCUGCUGGUGACUAAGUUUGCCUCCAAUCGUACGCAUAAGCGAGGCAUUAUUAACUACAGUAAAGUUGGUCACUGAGGGGUUUGUUUAUGCAGCCCGCCAAAGCAGCGAAUCGAGCUAGUCAAAUUUCUGCACCCACUGUAACACGUGGGGCUUGAGCCUGUGAGCACUGAGUGUUGUGCCAAGGCUUCGGCUGCCCACCAGGGCUACCUGCCAAGGCUUCAGACGCUGGAUGCAGUGCUUGGGCUGUAGCUGUUUGUUUAACUUCCUCCCAUUUAAGCACCAAAGAAGAAUCUGCAUUGUUUCUUUUGAAGGGUGACAAUUAACAGCUCUUGGUGAUGCUCGUAUCAAUCAAUGAAAAGCCCCCGUCUGUGAACACCUACGCUUGGUUUUGGUUCAGCUCCUUCGGGCUUGAGGAACGCUGGUCAUACACAACAGCUCCUGUGCUUAAGCAGACGCUGCCUUGCUGACGCUGGGGCCGUGCAAAGCCAGGCCAUUUCCAUACCUUACAGAGUACCUCAUUGGAGAGCCAUCCAUCUCUUUCUGGCCACAGUCAGGGGUUUGAUAUUUCUGUGUAUUUGAUAUCAUCUUGUAAAGCCCGAUUGUAUUUUCCUUUCAGAAAUGGCUAUUUGCAACCGUGAAAUUACUGUACUUUUAUGUCCUAAGUCUUGCAUCUAAACCACAGGCAUUUGUUUUCUCUGCAUCUAUAGGUAAUGGAAACUACGGAUGUGCUGCUUUUCUCUGUUGCAAUUGUUUCACUAGAGACGGAUUCUUAGGAAUUAAAUUGGUCCUACUGGUUAACAAAGCUCUGAAAAGGCCAGAACCCAGCAAGAGGGCAUAUGUCAGCCCUUCUGUUUGGAGGCGAAGGGUUUCUACAGGCAGACAGGUCAAUUUUGAUGUUUUCAUUUUUACAGUGACAAGACUCAUAACAAAUCUGUUGAUUUCUGUGAUCUUGUACUCAAAGUGAUAUUGCUGUAAAUCUGUCUUGCAGCUUUUAGCGUAACUUAGUCAAAGCCAAGCUGUUUUUUAAAUGACUUUAUUUUUCUUCGGGGUCAAUUUUGUACUUUUUUUUAAAUUAUUUCUGCAUUUACGGAGUCGUCAUCUCCACGCUGCAGAGGAGGCAGCAGGCAGAACGCGAGCGGCCCCACACCACCACCACCCCCAAGCCGUGCUGGGCGCUGGAGUGGCUGGGGGGGGGCUGCAGCACCAAGGGCUUUGGAAACCCGCAGCUCCAGUUCCCAGCCCUCUGCUUCAAGCCCAGAGUGGUUUGGCAAGGAUGGACCUGGAGAGGCUCAGCUGCCACCUAUGCUCUUAGUUCUGAAUAAUUUGUACGAGUGUUAUAAAUUUUGUAAACUUUUUAAUGUGCUAAAACUUGGUUAUGAGGUAACAUUUCCAAAUAAGGGGUAAUUUGUGUACUUGUUUUUGUAUUUUGGUCCGAUGUUUUUUUUCAUUGCUGUGCCCUAAGUCCAGAUCACUGGGCAAA